CAGGAAACGGCGCGCUCGCAGCUCUGAGCUCCGACCAGCGUUCGACGCGCCGGGACUGCCCCGCAAACUCAGCCAGCCCACCCGGCGGACCCCAGCGGCCGCCCCAGCAAGCACGGCCUAGAUCCAAAUUUCAGACACCUCUGCACGGACAGGGCGGACAGGACGGGCAGAGCAGAAAGGGCGCCCAGAGACCAUGGGGACCCUCUCAGGACCAGCAGUGGCGAGCAAGCGGGAUCCCCGAGCCUGAAAAGUGGGCAGCAAGAGCUGCUAGGGCCAUGACUUCGGUGUGGAAGCGCCUGCAGCGAGUGGGCAAGCGGGCCGCCAAGUUCCAGUUUGUGGCAUGUUACCAUGAACUGGUGUUGGAGUGCACCAAGAAAUGGCAGCCAGACAAGUUGGUAGUGGUAUGGACUCGGCGGAACCGACGCAUCUGCUCCAAGGCCCACAGCUGGCAGCCCGGCAUCCAGAACCCAUACCGUGGCACUGUGGUGUGGAUGGUCCCUGAGAAUGUGGACAUCUCUGUGACCUUGUACAGGGACCCUCACGUGGACCAGUAUGAAGCCAAAGAAUGGACUUUCAUCAUUGAAAACGAGUCCAAGGGACAGCGGAAGGUACUGGCCACAGUUGAUGUAGACCUGGCUCGUCACGCAGGGCCUGUGCCUGCUCAGGUUCCACUUCGUCUACGACUGAAGCCCAAAUCUGUGAAGGUAGUGCACGCUGAGCUGAGCCUCACCCUUUCUGGGGUGCUGCUGCGUGAGGGCCGUGCCACGGAUGAUGACAUGCAGAGUCUGGCCAGCCUCAUGAGUGUGAAGCCUAGUGACGUGGGCAACUUGGAUGACUUUGCUGAGAGUGACGAGGAAGAAGCUAAUGGCCCUGGGGCUCCUGAGGUCCGGGCACGAGGCCCCCAGUCAGAUCCUUCUCGAGAGCUGAAGACACUCUGUGAAGAAGACGAUGAAGGCCACACACGGCCCCAGCAGGCAGCUGCCAGAUCCUUUAGUGCUGAAGAUACCAGCCCUGCCCCUGUGAGUGCCCCUGUGCCCCCGGCCAGGGCCUCCCGGGGCCAGGGGUUGGAACCCGCUGCCAUAGCCGGGGGCCAGGUGGGGCCUGAAACCCCAAGGCCCCCACAGUCCCCACCAGAGACAAGGUCCACCAGGCAACCAGGCCAGGACAUGGUCCCCACCCCAGCCCCUCGGCUCCGGAAAGGCUCUGAUGUAUCCCGGUCCCCAGCCCCCUACAGUGGGGAUGAGGACCCCAAUACCUCAGAGGAUCCUCUAACAGGAAUGGGUUCUUCUGGGGAGACCCAGGUCCAGAUAAGCUCUCAGGAAGGGACAGAGGCCCAUGGAGCCAAGCCAGAACCAGACAUUGAGGGCAGAGGCUCCAGGGAGGUUUUAGGAGGAGAAAGAUCCGAUGUUGAAGAGGAUGACACUGGGGACAGGCCAGAGGCUAGCGGGGCAGGAAACAGAGAGAAGAACACUAAGGAGCCAUGCAUCACAGCUGGAGAGGCUGAAGAGAGUUCAAAACUUCAUCAAGUAGCUGCUGAGCAGAAGUCAAAGGUACAACACAUAGCCACGGAGGGCCCAGAGGCUGCAGGGCUGGUGCCUGAGGCAAGAUUUGGGGAAGCUCCUGAGGCUCCCCCUAAAAGUGCUCAGAGGAGGAUGGGGGUAAGGACCCAGGAAGAGGCUCCCAGUGGCCCGAACCAACCUCCAGCUGAGCCUGAAGGGCAUCUCGGGCCCCUUAGGGGUACCAGGCCUGCAGACCAGGCGAGAGAAAGCACAGAGGUCAGGGACAGCCCCCCUGUUAUUGGGAGGACAGGCCUGGAUCAGGGCCCCGUUGCUGGAGCAGCAAGCACUGGGACCCAGGGGAGCAGCUUUCAGAAAGUCCCCUGCCUUGGCCAGCGGGUAGUAUCUGGAGAUCUGAGGGCCCAGGAGGCAGAAGUAAGGGAGCCAAGGGUUCUGGAAACAGAGGCUGAGUGGGUACCUUGGAAGGUGAAAGGGACACCAAAUACAGAUGUUGGGAGACCUGAGUUUCAAGGAAUAGAGACUGGCACAUCAGAGUCUGAAAUAUUGGAGGCCCAAGAGUCAGAGGCAGCAAGAUCAGAGGCCCUGGAGUCAGAGGCUACUGGAACGGCACAGUCUGAGGUAUUGAGGACCCAGGAUGAAGAGAUUGGGGUUCUGGGGAUGCUGAGGACGGGGACUGAGAUAAGGGAGUCUAAGGAAUUUGGGGUCCAGAAAACAGUUGGGAGUUCUACAGUUCUAGGUUCCAAGACAGUGACAGCAGAAACUAAGAUAUUGGAAGCCCAGGAGAUAGCAGAUGGGGGGCCUGGUGUACUGAAGAUAGAGGCUGAGAUACUGGGAGCCCCAAAGACAGAGGCUGGGGAAGCAGGAGGUGGAAUACUGGAGACCCAGAAGGUAGCAACCAAGGGUUCAGAGUCUCCAAAGGUGGAGGCAGAGAUGGCAAAGUCUGAUACAUUGGGAAUGCAGGAGAUGGAGGUGGAGGAGGCUUGGAGUAUUCCAAGGAUAGAGACUGAAACAGCAGUAACUGAGAUAUUGGGGAUCCACAAAAUAGCAUUUGAGGGUCCAGGGCGCCCACAGAUACAAUCUAGCAUAGUAGGGACCCAGGCGACAGAGGUGGGGGGCUCAGGUGUUUCAGUGAUGCAGACAGCAGAAGACGGUAUACUGGGGACCCCGGAGGUAUCAGCAGGUCAUGGAGUACUUUGGGUAGAAGCUGAGAAACCAGAAUCUGAGCUUGAAGGGUCCCUGGAGACAGAUGAAGGAGACUUGGGGAUUCUGGAGGUAGACACUGGGCCAGCGGACGCCAAGAUCUUAGAGGCUCCAGAGACAGCAGCUGGGGCUUUUGAGGUGCUAGGAAUAGGAACCGAGGGAGCCAGGGUCUUGGAUACAGGGACUGGCUCUUCAGAUGUCCCAGAGAAAGAAGCUGAAGAGGCUGAGAUACUGGAGACCGAGGAGCUACCUGAGGGUUCUGUGGCACUGAGAAUAGUGGCUGAGAUAACAGAAUCUAGGAUCUUAGGGGCCCAGAAGACUGAGGUGGGAGGCCCUGGGAUAUCACAGACAAAAGUUGGAGGGGCAGAGGCUGAAAUACUGGGGACCCAGAAAAUAGCAUCUGAGGGUUCAGGAGAUCCAGGGAGGGAAGCUAAGAUGGAAGAGUCUGAGAUCUUGGUGGCCCAAGAGACAGAAGUGGAGAUUGGGGAGAUCCCAGAGGUAGAGACAGAAACAGUGGAUGCUGAGUUAUUUGGGACCCAGAAGGCAGAAAUAGGAGGUUUGGAGACCCCAGAGUUAGAAGCUGAGACAGUGAAGUCUGAGAUUCUGGAGGCCCAAGAGAUGGAAGUAAGGGAGUCGGGGCCUCUGGGGAUAGAGGCUAAGAUGGCAGAAGCUGAGAUAGACAGGGCCCAAGAGAUAGAAGCAAGGGAUUCUGGGGUCUCCAGACCAGAGGCUGGAACAGCAGAGGCUGAGGUACUGAGGGCCCAGUGGGCAGAAAGUAUAGUUUUGAAGUCUGAGGAGGCAAAGGCUGACACUUUGGAGGUCCAGGAGCCUGGAACUUGGGGAGCUCUCAAGUGUGAGGCCUUAAGAGUCGCAGUGACUAAGCAAAGAGUUUCUGGGGCCGAGGGAGUAGCACCCGAGGUGUCCAGGGUACAAGAGACAGAAACGAAAGUUUUAGGGAUAGUAGAGGCCAAGUCUUGGACCUUGGGGCCCCAGGAAGCAGAGAGGGAGGGGUCUGAGUCUUCAGAGAAUAAAUCUGAUAUUUUUGAGGCCCAGGAAGCAGAAUCUGGGGUCUUGGGAACCGCGAAGGGAAAAGAAGCUGAUGAAAGCCUCGAAGGGGCCAGCCUGUCUAAGGCACAGGUGGCCAGUGGGGCAGGGGCUGGGGUACCCAGGCCCUCGGGGGCCUCUUCCCCAGAGGAGUCUGAAGAGGACAGGAGGCUGCCGGGUAGCCAGGCACCACCUACCCCGGUCAGCUCCAGCCAGUCCCUGCUGGAGUGGUGCCAGGAGGUCACCAAGGGCUACCGUGGUGUCUGCAUCACCAAUUUCACCACAUCCUGGCGCAACGGCCUGGCCUUCUGUGCUAUUUUACAUCGAUUCUACCCAGACAAGAUUGACUAUCUCUCCCUUGACCCACUGGACAUCAAACAGAACAACAAGCAGGCUUUUGAUGGCUUCGCUGCCCUGGGUGUGUCUCGCUUGUUGGAGCCAGCUGACAUGGUUCUUCUGUCUGUACCUGACAAGCUCAUCGUCAUGACGUACCUGUGCCAGAUCCGAGCCUUCUGCACUGGGCAGGAGCUGCAGCUGGUACAGCUGGAAGGCGGUGGUGGCUCUGGCACUUACCGUGUGGGCAACGCCCAGCCGAGCCUGCCCGACGGUCUGGAUGCAGGCAACCUGGCGCAGCGGCUACGGGAGCAUGGGGCUGAAGCGCCCACAGAGCCCAAGGAGGCUGUGAACCGCGGGGCUGGGGCGGCACCAAAGGUGACCUCUAGGGACAUGGACCUGGCCUGCGCCUCCAAGGAUGGAGAGGCCGAGGCUACCCAGGAAGCAGUCCCCCCAGAGGCACCCUCCGACGGCCCCAGAGCCCGGUCAUCCACGUCCCCGGUGGCCCCCACAGAGGGGUUGGUAAACGGAGUGGGGGCACCAAGUGGUAUGAGUGGUGUGAGACUGAGACGGUCCUCGGUCAAUGGGGAGGCCGGGCCGGUACCCCCACCCCGAGCACAUGGCUCUUUCUCCCACGUGCGUGACGCUGAUUUGCUAAAGAAGAGACGAUCCAGGCUACGGAAUAGCAAUUCCUUCUCCGUGGACGACCCGGACUCUGGAGCUGCAGUCGGCUCAGGACCUGCAGGAGCUGGGGCUGUGGAAGACCGGAACCCUGACUCCAGCCUUGACUCAGGCCCACGCACAGCCACAGCCCCGCAGCAGCCUUCCGGUGGGAAGGAGGCUUCAGAGGAGCCACCCCCCAGUCCAGGGGAAGAGGCUGGCCUGCAACGGUUCCAGGACACUAGUCAGUAUGUGUGCGCAGAGCUCCAGGCCCUGGAACAGGAGCAGAGGCAGAUAGAUGGGCGGGCUGCUGAGGUGGAGAAACAGCUGAGGAGCCUCAUGGAAUCAGGUGCCAACAGGCUGCAGGAGGAGGUGCUGAUUGAGGAGUGGUUCACCCUGGUCAACAAGAAGAAUGCGCUCAUCCGGAGGCAGGACCAGCUGCAGCUGCUCAUCGAGGAGCAGGACUUGGAGCGGAGGUUUGAACUGCUGAGCCGAGAGCUGCGGGCCAUGCUGGCCAUUGAAGAGUGGCAGAAAACGGUCGCGCAGCAGCACCGGGAGCAGCUCCUGUUGGAGGAGCUGGUGUCACUAGUGAAUCAGAGGGAUGAGCUGGUCCGGGACCUGGAUCAGAAGGAGCGAAUCGCUCUAGAGGAAGAUGAGCGCCUGGAACGCGGCCUAGAGCAGAGACGUCGCAAGGUGAGCCGGCAGCUGAGCAGACGGGAACGCUGCUUGUUGAGCUGAGCCUCCUGCCUGGUUCUCGCCCUUCCUUUCUCUGGUCGUGGACCCGUCCUCGCCAGUCCCCAAGCCUGCACAGCGGAGGACAGGCCCCCCGCCCCAUGCUCCUUCAGCGGGCAGAAACAGGGCAGACCAGACCCUAGGACUGGAGCAGUUGAGCCCGCCAGGCAGUAUUUAUUUAUCCGAGUGUGUGUGAAUGUUUUGGCGGUGGCCAGGAUUCCAGGGGCGCUGCACAGAACUCUUCCCCUGUGUCUACAAAGCCAUGGCGCGGAGACUGCCACCUACGUCCUCCUUCCCUUUUGUGUCUGGAGCAAUAAAGUUGGACUGGGACAAA